AUGUCUGUCAUUGGUUCUUUGAUUUUCUGCACAGAUUGCGGUAAUCUCCUACGAGAAUCUACCGGCAAUGCAGAUGCGAUUUUACACUGUGAUGUCUGCGGCACUCGGAAUAAAGACACAAUCCCCCAAACCAUCGUGUCCGAGUCCAAGCCUUCCGCAUUCCCCUCAGCACUGAGAGCCAAACGAUCGGCAGUCCAAACCUUGUCAGCAGAGGACCGCAAGACCGAGGCUAUCAUCGAUCGCACAUGUAACGAGUGCGGGAGGAAGCAGAUGUUCUAUACCACAGUGCAGCUGCGCAGUGCUGACGAAGGAAGUACUGUGUUCUACAGAUGUGUCUGUGGAUUCAAGGAAACGUCUAACAAUUAA